AGAUUCAGAGUGGUUGCAACAACCAACAAGAAAGCAAGGAAGCAGGCGAAGUCCUCGCUUUUUGUAUUUGUCGCGCUUGUCGCUCGCUGUCGCGUCACACCGUAUCGCUUUACCGCCUCUUCCCGUUCUCGGUCGCUCUUUCUCUUUCUCUCGACGACCGACGACGAGUGAUCAAUAGACGCUCUUUUCGUGCGCUGCUCCCGAUCGUCCAUCCAGAGCCAGCCAGCCACCAACUCACAUAUAUACACACACACAUACAUAACAACACCACGCCGUCGCUACUGCCGCCGCCGCCGCCGCAAGCACCGCGUCGUUUUCGCUCGCUCAAUUCGUCCGUCGCAAUCUACUAGUCGCCGUCCGUCGUCGUCGGCUUCUGUGAGCGUUUCCACAUUGUUGUUGUAGUAGCUCUGCUGGUUGUUCUCUUGUUAUUAUCGCCCGAAUUCUCUUCUCUUCUAUUACCUACCACUUAACUUCGACGCCGUUUCCCUACCUGCCCGUCUGUGUAAUACUGCCGGAUACAAAGAUGAAGUGGCUAGCUUUCUGUGUGUUAGUUGUAAUCUUAGUCACCUUGGCCAUUGCAGACGGUGAAAUCUGGGAAGAAGACGAUCACGAAGUUUUGAUAAGGAGCGAGCGCGGAGCCAAGAACCGCGGUAAGCAGCCAUGCCGAUACGUAAAAGGUCCGUGGUCAGAAUGCGACUCCAAGACCAACAUGCGUUCGCGAACAUUAACAUUGAAAAAGGGCGACCAAGCAUCGUGCGAGGCCAAUAAAACAAUACAAAAGAAGUGCAAAAAAGCGUGCCGGUAUGAAAAGGGUGCUUGGGGUGAGUGCAAUUCCCAGGGUCAAAUGACAAGGAAUGACAAACUCAAGGCAAACAGCGACCCAUCUUGCGAACAGAAUCGACAAAUCACGAAAAAAUGCAAACCAAAGGGGUCAAAACCUACAAAAGCCACCCGCCGCAACCGUCAGUAAAGCGGACGAAGGGGAUAGAGAAUCGAAAAUAAAUUAAUGAAUUUACAAUUGCAUUAAAAUUAGAAUAUUCAUUAUCUUCAAACAUCAUCACAAAAUACAUCGAUUCGAUUCUAGCAGAUUUUGAUGUCACACUUCACUGCCCUCUCCCCUUGCAUUUUAUGCAUUCCUCUGUUUAGAUUCAUCCCCUACUAUCUAAAUUAAUUCCUAAUCAAACCCGUACGAGCUAUCCUAACGAUGUUUGAAAUUC